UAAGACAUGUGACCAACAUAGCGAACCAGAGAGGCCAACAUUUAAUUUGCAAUGAAUAAAACAAUUUAGCAUAAUUUUACGGGCUUUCAGGGGACAAUCCGUUCGCCUAAUUUACAGAGGGGUUUUAUACGCAUGCGCUUUCUGCCCAUCGAAUUCAUAUUCAACAGAAUCGUCUCUUCAUUAACACACACAGUCUUCCUCUUGACAUGCUGCACCGGUGGUAUGGCAUCGAGCGUCUAUUUGAAAGCGGUGAUGCUGCUCUUGGCCGUGCAGAUGCUGUCUUUUAGGCCAGGCUUUAUCGAGCAGGAGACAGGGACGGUAAUACCUGCCGAAAGUCGUCCCUGUGUGGACUGUCAUGCAUUUGAAUUCAUGCAGAGGGCACUGCAAGACCUCAAGAAGACUGCUUUCAACCUCGAUGCCCAGACUGAGACCCUGGUGUUGAGGGCAGAGAGGCGAGCCCUGUGUGGAUGCAUGCCCACUAAUACCCUGCACUGAGUUAAGCAGUGAUGUGACCUCACCAUGGCAACCGACUCCACACCCACUAUUACCGGACACCUUCUUUAAACUACUACAAACAAUGCCUGGACUAGGCAGAUGUGUCUGAGCCUUCUUCUAUGGAAUAUUGUAAAAAAAAAAAAAGUUUCAUAAUUUGUACAACAUGCAGUUUAUUUUCUUUGCUAACAUAUCAGUAUUGAUAUUGCAGUGGUUUAAUUGUAAUUUUAAUAUAAGAUUUUAUUUGAUGAGUUCAGAAAACCAGCAAUGCGUUACUAUGUCAUGUAGGGCAAAGCAAAUUACAUCUCAUGUCCCUCUCGGUCAUAUGUGAGGUUUUGAAACACAAAUCUAGAUAAUUUUAGGUAGUUCUGUAUGUACAUUCAAUGAACAGACAUCUUUAUAAAAUGUGUGGCAAAAUAUCAGUGAUCUUCAAGAUAAUUCACAUAUACACCUGGCAGCGGUCUUGAAUUGAAAAGAGCUGGUCAUUUAUAAUAACACCCUUAUCAUUUUAAGAAAGUGUCUUGGAAAGUGUUUUUAUAGUCAUGGGAACACCAGGCUUUAGAAUAAAUGUUCUUUUUAGGUCU